CUCUCUGGCGAUCUCAGAUUUUUCGUCUACCACCGCGAUGGCUCUUCAUCCGUGUAGAGACAGAGGGGGAAUCGUUGGCUGGGGUGAAAGUUCCUUGGAAGGUCACACCGAGGCUGUAGAAGGUGCUACCAUGGCUCUUCGCGAAACGUUUCUCGGAUGGGAUGGCGACCGCAUUCAGGACAUCUGGCAGCACGCUUACCGGUCCCGCUUUUACCGCGGCGGACCCGUCCUCAUGUCUGCACUUUCUGGCUUGGACAUUGCCCUAUGGGACAUUAAAGGCAAGAAGCUCGGCGUGCCAGUCUGGCAGCUGCUCGGAGGCAAGGUCAGAGACAAAGUCAAAGUCUACGGAUGGAUAGGCGGAGAUUCUCCGCAAGCGGUGCUUGAAGGUGCCACAAAGCGCAAAGAGCAAGGCUUCACUGCUGUCAAGAUGAACGGAACUGGCGCGGUAGAUUGGAUAGACUCCCCAAGCGUCCUCAUGGAUACUAUUGCCCGUGUUCGUGACGUGCGCUCUCUCGGUCUCGAUGUCGGUGUCGAUUUCCACGGUCGGUUGCACAAAGGCAUGGCAAAGCAGCUCGCGAAACUGUUAUCGCCCCUCCAGCCAAUGUUCAUCGAAGAACCGCUCCUACCCACGCAACCUGAGGAGAUUGCUGACCUUGCGCAAAUGAUCGUGACGCCCAUCGCUCUCGGAGAGCGGUUGUACACAAGGCACGACUUCCGCCCUUACUUGGAAAAGCGGGCGAUAGACAUCGCUCAGCCAGAUGUCUCGCACUGCGGAGGGAUCAGUGAGCUCCAUCGUAUAGCCUCGCUGACUGAGAUCUACGACGUUGCGCUUGCACCCCAUUGCCCACUUGGUCCUAUCGCGCUAGCGGCUUGUAUCCAGGUAGAUCUUACCGCACCUAAUUUCGUCAUCCAGGAAAUGAGCUGGCAGAUGCACUACAACCAAGGCGCAGACCUCUUCACGUAUAUCGUUGACCCUGCAGUGUUCGCUAUUGAACACGGGUAUAUCGAAGCUUUGUCAGGCCCUGGACUUGGCAUCGAGGUUAAUGAGACCCUCGUUCGUGAGACUGCUGCCCGUUACGUCCAGGAGAAGGCCUGGAGGAACGAUGUGUGGACUGGGGCGGAUGGGUCUCUGAGAGAAUGGUAAUAGUGCUUUUCGAUGAUGCGGAAUCGGACUUUCACCAUCGAACCUUGUUGAAGGUUGAAUGACGAAUCUCAUCAAGUAUGAAUCUCCAUCAAGUAUGCGUAUGACAAUUGAUACAUUUUGUCGUCCUGAUUAUGAAGAGGAUAGAUUUUACA